CUACGCCCCUUCCCUUUGCAACACAUGAGAUGCUUUUUCAACUGCAAUUUACAACAUCUGAAGCUUACCAGGAAGCAUCAACUAUAAAUACUCAAUAUAUGGCUAAUGAAUUAGAAACACUUGCGCACCAAUUAGAACUUGUGCGACAACAUGUUUUAAAUGUCCUUAGAUGCUGA